AUGAUUGCCUUUGCUCUGGGGAAACUGAAGGACAAACUGAAAGACCAGCCUGACGAAGCAUUUAAGAGAAAAGUGUUUCAGGAAGAACUGCAGAAGGAAUGGAGGGAAAGGGUAGAGUCUCACACCACAGGACCAGAACUCAAAGCUGAUGACUUUGACAUUAAUGUAUGUGUUGACACAGUGACCGAUCUCAAGAUAAAGAAGUUUCCUAAAUGUCUUGUUAGAGUGUACCACAAAACAGAUGUUGAUCAAGAGGUCAAGAAGAAAGCUCAGGAAUGCUUUCGUGAGUGGUGCAGAGAUGAUAAGUUUAUUGAUUCCGGAGAUAAAACAGACCAUCUGGCUGAAGCCCGGACAAUUCUGCUAAAUAUUGUCAAUAGACGACUGCCAAAGUUUGUUGGAGAGGCGCGACUGAAAGAAGAAGAAUUAAAGGAAAUACCUGAAACCAAAGCACUGCCUGAUAAAGCCUUCAAGACCAAACUGUAUCAGGAAAUACUGAACAAGAAUGGGAAGUUUAAACCACCACAGGAGGAGGAGAACUUUGACAUUCAUGUUCUUGAGAUGGGUUUUGGUGAAGUGGGUAAAGAGCCCAUUGAUAAUGUUCAUUUCUACAGCAAGAAUGAGCCAAACAGAGCCUUCAAAAUGCAGAAGUACCAGGUGUCCAAUCUCAGGCCUAAGAAGUUUCAUGAAUUUGUUGUGAGGGUCUAUUACGAUCCACCGAAUCAGAAGAAUCCAGAGAAUCAGAAGAAUCCACCAAAUCGGGAGGAUUCAGAGACUGAGGAGCAUCGGAAGAAGGUCCAGCAGGAAGCUGAGAAGUACUUUCCUGACUGGUGCAAAGACAAUAAACAGUUUAUUGAUUUUGAGCCUGGUUCAGAUGACAACACAUCCAGCCAGCAGACCACUUCAUCAUCGGCCUCAGCAGGGACAGCACAGGAAUCAGGACAGGCUUCAUCAGCAGCAGAGAAAUCCCAAGACCAUCAAACCACUUCAGGCAAGAUCUUCAACGACCCCAUUCAUGGUCAAAUUGAGCUGCACCCGCUGCUGGUGAAGAUCAUUGAUACUCCUCAGUUUCAGAGACUCAGACACAUCAAACAGCUGGGAGGAACAUAUCUGGUGUAUCCUGGAGCCACUCACACUCGCUUCGAACACUCAAUCGGUGCGGCAUAUUUAGCAGGACGUCUGGCAGAAGUUCUGAAAGAGAAACAACUGAAGGAGUUUAAAAAUGACCAGAGCCAGUUAAUUGAGGAGAAAGAAAUCCUGUGCGUCCAAAUCGCAGCUCUGUGCUACAAUUUAGGUCAUGGUCCGUUCUCUUACGUGUUUAAGGACAGGUUCAUCCCUAAAGUCCCUGGUAAGUUUCUCACUUCACUGAUGACAAUGUAUCCGGUCAGUUGGGCUUUCAGUUAAG